AUGUAUGACGAGAUUAUCUCUUUUUCACACUACACGUAUAAAUCCUUUUUGAACCACCAAUUUCAAUCAAUCUAUCAAUAUCUUUAUGGAUUAACAUCAAAUAUAAUCAAAUAUCAAAUACAGGCCAGAUUAGAAAACCCAACCGUUGCUAAAGGUCUCAGACUUUACUCAGCUCGUUCAUUCGCCAACAGAACCAGAACUUUUGUUGCCAAAACCAAAAAAGUCACCACCGCCAAAAAGACUGAAGCUGUUGCUGCCAAAAAAGAAAAAGUCUUCGGCAAAAACAAACAAGCUCGUGUUAUCACUGCCAAAGCUCCAAAAUUCUCAGCCUCAAUCCCAGCUGAAAUUAGAGCCGUUGCCAACAAAAAAGUUAACACCAAAGUUGCUCUUCGUAAAUCAAUCACCCCAGGUACCGUUUUAAUCAUCCUCGCUGGUCGUUUCGCUGGUAAACGUGUUGUUUUCUUAAACCAACUCGCUUCAGGUCUUCUUUUAGUCACUGGUCCAUUCAAAGUUAACGGUGUUCCAUUACGUCGUAUUGACCAAAGAUACGUCAUCGCCACCUCAACUAAAGUUGAUGUCUCAGGUGUUAAAGUUGCUGAAUCAAUCAACGAUGCUUACUUCAACGUUGAAAAGAAAUCAACCAAAAAAUCAGAAGACGCUUUCUUCAAAGAUGAAAAGAAAGUCGAAAAGAAGAAAAUCGCUGAUUCACGUGUUGCUGAUCAAAAAUCAGUUGAUGCUUCAAUCUUAGCUGCCCUCAAGAAAGACAAAACUUUAACCAUCUACUUAAAGACCAAAUUCUUCCUCAAGAAAGGUGAAUACCCACAUCAACUCAAAUUCUAAAUAAAUCACCAUUAAAAAAAUUAUAAUUAUAUAAAAAAUU